UGAAUUCCAGAAGAAGUGGUUGUGCUCGUUUUCAGAAUCAAUUGUUCGUGGGAUUUAUGCAUCCCAAUUUUCAAUUUUAAGAAUUGAAACAGUUUCCCAUUGUUAAAAAGUGCAGUGAAUUAAAUGAAAAUCUACACGUACGAUAAAAGAAAAAUAUGACUCCAAAAGACGAACUUUAGUUCCGAAAAAAAUGAUAUUUCACCAGAAACAUGUAAGCCUAAAGGACGUGUAAUACUUUGGACACAUAACUGGGAAAAUAAGUAGGUUCAAUUACUUGCCUGAUACAAUCGUAAAACUGGAGUUUUAAACACGUGAAAUAAAAUAUAUAGAAUUGAAGAAGUGAAAAUCUAAAAUUUAAAUUCGAACAGAAAGACAUUAGAUAUAAGAUGUUCUCGUUCCACAAACCACGAGUGUAUCGCUCGGCUGAAGGAUGUUGUAUUUGCCGUGCUAAGUCGAGCAGUUCACGUUUCACCGAUUCGCGCAAAUAUGAACAAGAUUCCAUGAAAUGCUUCGAUCUGAAGUAUCCCCGACACGGAGAGAUUUGCAAUGCGUGCGUGUUGUUGGUGAAACGUUUCAAACGUCUGCCCAUAGGCAGUACUCGGCAUUGGGGACAUGUUGUUGACGCACGAGCCGGACCAGGCACAAAGUCCAUAUCAAAACAUAAGAAGAGCCGUGACGAUGCUGAAAAUACAUCAAAUAAUACAAUAAGUAACAAUACAAACUCCCGGCGUACACAUAGCUCAAAAUCGCUUAUACCCGAAAAAUUUUCAAAAAUCUUUAAAAAGAGUAAGAAAAAUAAAUUGAAUGUGGUGGUGCCCAAUACUGAUAAGAAAACUGGCACACGUCGAACCUCCAUAACCAGUUUAAAAACAUGGGGUGACCAAAAUUCGUUGUCCCACACACCCGAUUCAGUAGAUAGUGACUACGAAGAUAUCGGUGAAGGUGGGGAGGCUUGCGAAGUCAGCCAAAUAGGCAAUAGCUCAACUGUGCAAUUUCAAACACAAACUCGCGCGUCUUCGUAUCGUGCCUGCCGGAAGAGGACCAGCAGCGGCAAUACCUCUAUUAAUAUAAUUUCUUUUCGGAGAAGUCUUAAAAUCGGUAGUAAACGGCGAAAAUGCAUGCCACCCAUGCGGAAUCGGUCCACAAUGAAGAUUUUCAACGAUAAAAUGCAAUUCUUCGAUGAAUCAGAAUGGCAGGAGCGCAAGUCAUGUUGCGGUAUGGUGUAUGUGUGCCCAGAAUUAACUGGAACAAUAUUAAUCGAUAUGGAGAACUUCAAAGCUUGUCCAGAGCACCAACGUCCGCGAGGUGUAGAUGUUGCGGGUAGCAAAACAGCUAAGGAGCAGCAACCGGUGGCUCCGCAAAAGACAAUCAUCGCAACUUUGCCCGCAGUGGUACAAAUAUCAGCGCCAUCAGUUGCUAGCGUUUGCCUUCCACCACUACCCACUGCAGUGCCUGUUUUGAAUCCGAAUCCUACUCCAGUAUUGAAGAAGCAUCACCUUUUCUUCAAAAGGCAGUCUGAAUGCUUUCCUCAAGUAGAUCUCCCUGUGAAUAAUAACAUAGUAAUUUCUUCGAAUAAGACUGAGUCCCUGGCAGCAAUAACAACUACUCCGGUUAUAAUCAAAAGCAGUACCAACAUCACCAACCAUAAAACUACAAUACCAACCAUACCACAUACAUCUGCAAUAAAUAAUGCAAAUAACCCAUCUACUUCCGUUUCCACACCGCUAGCAUUAGCUGUUAAUACUACGAAUAUGCCUGCCAUAUCGAGCAUUUCCCCGUCUAGUUCCACGCCUAUGAGCGGGCAAAUGCCGCGACAUUCUACCGCCAAAGUAACAACAAUAUCCCCGCCUUUGCCCGCGGCAACAAAUAUGGCUAGCGGAAAUAGGCUAUUGCAUAAAAUCAAGUCAGGAAAAAUAUUCAAGCAAUCUCUGGACAAAAUAGGUGUUAUGACAGGCACUGGAGCAGUUUCUCCUUCGGCUGUUGAGCGAAUCAAAGCGGGCGAUUUGCAGGAGUUAAAACCUGUAAUCCGCAAUGUGCCAAAAUCGUAUGUUAUUACGAAACCGACGAGUGGUGCUGGUCAACAGUGCACACAAUAUUACCCUCCGGUUGGCGCGUCACCAACAUCGACAUGCUCUAAUUCUUCGGUCAUUUCGUCAACAUUGUCAUCAGCAGCGCCAAAGUUUAGCGACAACUCGUCAGAUUCGGGUUUCGAUGAAAAUCUGCAGGAUCGAAAAUCUGCCAGUCCUUUGCAGGAGGAUACUGAAAAAAAACUAGCAGCUCGUGCACCGAUGGGCAAUGUGCAUACUAUGUUCCUUGCAAGCGGAGUUCAAAUACAUGGACAACAUCAGAAUUUAAUGCUGACCGGCAACGAGGUUGCAGCAAAGUUAUUGCAAAAUCGCAAACAGCAAAUGUCAAUGAUGGCAACUUCCAAUUCCAGUAUCAUGCACCACUACCAACAACACUCAUCAAAUAAUGCAGCAGCGCGUCUUGGUACGUCGACGACAUCUUUAAAAAUUUCGCAAGUUAGCCCCUCAUCUAUAUCGACCAUAUCGGUCGGCAGUACAGUUAGUAGCAAUUUGGGAUCUCACAUCAAGACGACAACGACAACAACACUUCCGUCUCGUACAAUCUAUAAUAGCAAUACAAUACAACAUGAGAAUGGUGUGACAACGAUUGUGCCCGCUUCUUCUUUAGCUGCUUCGUCACAAACCGCUGCUAUGAAUGCGCUUGCGCCAAGCACGGUUACUAUAACACCAGCACCGACCCAUCACUUGGGUGGAGUUGGUGCGGUGACAAGUGCGACAGUGAGUUUGACUAAAAAAAUUGCAACAUCGAGUGUGGGAGUUAAUUUAAUUGCUACAGGUAGCAAUAAUCCAAAUAAUAUGCUGCACACGGUCCCGAAUAGUGCCGCACAUCAUCUAAUCAGUCAUAACAAUGCUCUGCUGCAGCAGCAUCAUCAACAGCAAAUGCAACAACAUCACAAUACAACAACCAAUAUGAAUCAGAAGAUUAUUCUCUUGAAAACAACUGGCCAUACGAAAUAUAAUAAUUUAGGUAGUGUCGGCGGCAACAACAAUGGAAAUAUUAUUAAACCAAGCGGCGCAGCAACUAUAAACGCGUCGACUGCUAAUGCCGGUAUAUGUAAAAAUUGACCAAUAAGUUCUCGACAGAGAAUGAAGCAGCAACGGAUAACUUAAGCGAUUUUUUAGCAGGGUUUCUUCGCAUAUGCACUGAAUUGAAUGGCUAUUCAGUUGCACUUCUAAGCAGAUAUGUUAACGACUGAUGAUUGAUAACCUAAACCUAUCAAUUUUCUGUGGAAAU